AUGCAGAUUGUUAAUAUUUUAUUCAUCGUUGGCUUUUGCCGUGCAACUCUAGCGGAUAAUUCAUGUAUUUUUCAACAUUCAACCAAAGGUGUUAUUAAUCUGAAAUCCAUUGGUUUACGAAAUGGUCAACCCCGUUUUCGAGAUUUAUCAACUCCCUCAGCCCCCUAUUAUACUUACUCGUUCAAUCCAUGCUAUCCAUUUACAGAAAAUGGUUGCGAUGAUGCAGCUGUGUGUCAAUUAUCGUCCGAUCGACAAUAUUCAUAUAAGUUGGGUACACAAAAUAUCUCUACAUGGUCAUUAGAUGCAAAUAUGGCGCCUGUUCUUACGUAUACUUAUGGUUCAAAAACAGUUUCUAUAACAAUGAUUUGUUCGGCCAUUGAUCAAGAUGAAUUUGAAAUAAGUGGUGAAUAUGCUGUUGAUCAAUAUUCUAUGCGUUUACGAUCACGUUGUGCCUGUUGGAAUGGAUGUAUUAGUCCUCAACCGAGCACUACUACUUCUAGAACAUCAUCACCACCACUACCAAAAACAACUACAGCACAUUCGAUCUAUUAUGAUGCAUGUAAAUAUCAUGAUUCUCGAUAUGGUACCAUUGAUUUAUCAUCGAUUGGAAGCAUAACUGGUAGAGCCAUAUUCAAAGAUGUAAAAUCAAUUUAUACAGAUAGCUUCGUCUGGUCUUAUAAUCCAUGUUACAAUUUUUCAGAACAUCAGUGUCAUCAUGUAGCUGGAUGUCAAACCGAUAAAAAUCGUCGUAUAAGUUAUUCAAUUGGAUUGCAAGACUAUGCUUAUUGGAUAAAUAUGGAUAAUACAAGAAAUCCUUUUCGAUCGAUUGUUUAUCCUUCGCCAAGCAACAAUCGACGUUUAACUGUGCAACUUAUUUGUGAUCAAUCAAUAUCAUUUCAUCGUCUUCAAGUAAUCGGCGAAACAUCUUCGCAUGAAUAUACCAUGCAAUUAACAAGUCCUUGUGCAUGUUGGGAUGGAUGUUCUCAACCAACACCAAGUCCAUCAUCAUUUACUUGGGAUUUUUGGAUGACUGUGUGUGCAGCCGGCAUUGUAUUAUUUUUACUAUUUCUUAUAAUGAUCAGUUGCUUAUUUUGUUCAAAACCAAAACGAACCUAUCAUAAUAUGUCAAUCAAUGAAAGCACACCAAUUAUUCAUGGUUCCAAAGAGUAUCGUCCAUAG